UUCAAAUAAGAAAAUGACAAUAUAAAAAAUCGGUAUCAAAAGUCAAAAUAAACUCAGAAAAGACAAUGGAGUUAAUUUAAGAAUAUCAAAAAGGAAACAAAAUAAUUUCUAACGACUUAAUUUUCCAUAUAUUAUGCUAUAUAAACCUAAAACUCAACACACAAUCCAAAAAACUAAAUUUAAUUUGUUAACUAAAUGGUUACCAAAAGAAAUUCAAUUAAUGAGAGACAAUAGAGUCAAAUUUUCAGGAAAUAUAUUUAACUUAUGCGUAUAAAAAGCAUAUAAGCCCUUGGUUUUUUGAGUCCCAGCAAUUGUUCGUCUUCUCCGAGUGCGAAUGGCUGAACCUUUCGUGUCGUUUAUUUCACUCCUGCUCAAGACGCAGCCGGACUAUGCUCUUGCUCAUCCUCGGCAGAAACCUUUCAAUGACACAUUACGUCAAGCUAUGCGGAAAAGAAUUACUGUUAUCUUACAACGGAGUCGCCCUACCCCGACGACCGACACUCCAAGACUCCAAAGGUUUCCCUCUAUAUACACAGACUAUCUAGAGUCUAAACUUAUGAACUCGGCCAACUCAGAGGAGGAGUACUCGAAUCCACGAGAUCUUGAAGUUCGCAUACAUUAUCUUGAGAAGGAAGUUAAAGAACUAUGGUACCGUCUCCGUCAUAUCUCAGAUAGACUCAGCGCGCUUCCGGACACUUUGAUAACUCAGAUACUCUUAUACCUUCCCACCAAAGAUUCCAUCAAGACAAACUUUUUAUCGAAGAGAUUUAAAGAUCUAUGGCUUCAGGUCCCAGGACUAGAGAUGCACUCCCAUGAACUUGCCGCCAUACAGAACUUCAUCGCCACGUUUCUCCAGAUCAACCGUGGCUCGCGUCUCCAGAAGUUCAAGAUAACGUACAACGGGCGCAAUGUUUGUAGCCACGGGAUCAGUGAGUUCAUCGCCGGAGUGAUUAACCGUGGAGUUCAACAACUAGACGUUGGCAGUAGCACACUCAAGCGUCCUCUCACCAACGAUCUCGUACCUGUUAACAUUUACAAGAGCAACACUUUGGUUUCUCUCAAGCUUGCAAACGUGGGAAUGCAGAAUCCUCCUGAGUUUGGUGUUUCUCUGCCUUGUCUCAAGACCGUGCAUCUCGAAGACAUUACCACCAAGGAUCCUUUGAUCGUAGAGAAGCUCAUCUCAGGCUGUCCUGUCCUUGAAGAUCUGACGGUUUUUAGGGCUUUUGAUGACAAUGUACCGGUUCUGCGUGUGAGAUCUCUCAGUCUGAAGAGGUUUUGUGUGAAGUUUAGUCGUGCCAGAACAAUUCAUGGUAAAGAGUAUGCGGUUGAGGUUGAUGCUCCGGGUCUCAAGUAUCUGAACUUCAGAGAUAAUCUAUCUGAUAAAGUUGUGGCUAAGAAUCUGAGUUCCUUGUUCAAGAUCGACAUUGAUACACAAUUCAGUUUUGGUAUGAGCACUACUAUUACCGUGCAGAUUAAGCAAGCUAUUAUCAGUGAUUUUCUCAAGGGUGUUUCUGGUGUAAGACAUAUGAUCAUCUCUCAGCCUACACUCAAGAUCCUUUAUGCUUGGAUGAAUAAUGGAGCGUUCACCAAAUUUCGCAACUUAACUCGCUUAGAGGCUUCGUUCUGCACCGUCUUAUUACAAAGGUUGCCACAUUUUCUUGAAGGUUGCCCGAAGCUGAAACACCUCACAUUGUACUUGCUUUAUUUGAAGGACUUAGAACCAGAGAACCUUGAGCUUACCGUUGUGCCUCAGUGCUUACUAUGUACGCUUGAGUGUGUUGAGGUUAAAGAAGUGGCCACGGUGGAGAAAGCUGGGAAGAAAAGAGCGAGGUACAUCAAGAAAACCAAAGUAUCGAAACACAAGAAGAAGAUUUGGAUUGAACUAGUGAGGUAUAUUCUUGAGAACUCGUUAGUCCUCAAGAAACUCGUUUUGUGUUUCUCUUCUGCGACCAAUAGCGUCUUAGAGAUCUCGGAGGCGCUUCCUACGUUCACAAUACGUUCUCCCGGAUGUGAAAUCAUCAACCAUCUGACAUCUCUUUGAAGAUCUUUUUAGGAAGGAAUAAUCUCUUUGAACCUUAUGUUUUUUUUUCUCCAGUGUAAAAGAAAAGCUAAGUUAUAGUAUUGCUAUACUUACCUUAAGUUUUAUAUAAGGUUCCACUUUUUUGAAUGACAGAUCAAAAAAGGACAUUAAAUGUUUUUCGUUGUUUACAAAAUAGAAUUCAACACAAUUUGGCCCAAUUCUAACGACGUUAUGUUCAAUGAGGUCACGUUCCUGCCAUUAUGCUACGUUGCAACGGGGUUUACUUGCCCAAGAAGAAACACAAGGCAGCCGAUGGUUUAUUGUGUCAAAUGCAGUCGGUGGAUCGGUAGCAGCUUGUGUAUGUCCUUGAGUGUUCAUGUUGUCUUUCACCCGAAAGAUAUUUUAUGCAUAAAUUGAGCAGGAUGAAGGCAACAGAGUGUUAAAAGUCAGAUCACACCUGGUGAACCUAUGAAAAAGGUCUUACUAUGAUUAAUGGACGCGUUUGGUUCAAAUGUUGCUUGUUGAUUCCGCAAGCAUCACACUUUCUUCCCUUGAUCCUUCACGACGGUAUUCAAGGAGGACAUUCCGGAGUGUUCAAAACUUUGAAACGAAUCCAGUGUUCUUUUCAUUGGCAUAAUGUACUCCAUUCUGUCCAAUAAUAUCUAUCUCAGUGUGGGAUUUGUCAGACCCAUACGACAUCCACACUAUCGCUGACAUGACUAUACUUCAACCCUUAAUGAAGAUUUUCCUACCUCCAAUAUUGGUAAUUGUGGACAGACUAAGAAAAUGCACACUUUUCUUUGGCAUGAAACACCCAUUUACUGCAUCGGAUAUUGCUGAAAUCUUUGUGUGUGAAGUGGUGAAUUUACACAGUUUUCCAUCAUAUAUUUUAUGAUACAUAUAAAAUCUUUCUCAUUGGAUUUUAGCGUGAAUGCUUUCGGGUUUUAGGUACUAAACUCAAAUAUAGUAUUGCGUUUCAUCCAUAAACAAACGAAAAACGGAGGUCUUUUAAUGUUGGGUAAGCUUCAAUAGCUUGCAGCUCAUGUUAUUCUUAACAAGCUGGUUAGGGAUGAAAGGAAGCUAUUUACUUGUAUUAGUUUUUUAUUUACCAUUAGAAAUAGGAAAAAAUGAAGUUUUCUAUUUUAUUUUAGGAAUAUUCCUAUAAAUUUUCAAAGUUGAUUUGUGACUUUGAUAAUAAGUAGAAGAUUAAGAAUACAAGAGCUUUUGAGUGUUUAGUUUUGAGAUAGUUUCUAAACAUUAAUAAAGAAAGUUGUCUUUAUACAAUUGCUAAGUGUGUUCUUAAACACUAUAUUGAAUCGAUGCCUAGAGUCAUAUCUGAGAUGUUUCUCUUCUUCUUAAUUAUCUUAAAUUGCGUAGUAAGUAUUUGAGCUGGGAAGAUAUCAGCUACAAUACGAGCCAUCACACUGCAAUCAAUACGACGCCUUUCAAGGUUGUUUAUGGUCGGAUACACCGACGUUUGUUCCUUUUGUACCCGGUUAAAUUUCAAACUUUGAGCUGGAACAGUCACUUUGGGAAUGCGACACCAUGUUACAGGAUUUGAAAGUUUCUUUGUUUCGUGUUCACGAUUCCAUGAAAUAUGUAGCAGAUAAACACCCUCGCGAUGUCACCCUUGAAGUGGGUGAGAAAAGUAUGCUUAACACUGAGGGAGUAUCUUCAACACUCUUUAUUUCGUGGCUCUUGGAGUUUUAUAAGUUGUAGAAAGCAAGAAAGAAUGAUGAGAAUAAGAAAUCUAAAACUAGAAAUGAAGACUUUGAACAGAUAUAAAAAAAUGGUGGACGUUUCUUGGCCUGGCUACAACCAAGACUUUUGUUGGCAUCCUUUUGUUAUUUAUCUCGAUGGAAAUACGCCAGUAAAUAAUUUUCCUUAGUUCUCGUCGAAUUUUCCUUCAAACAAAAUCAAAGUGAUGCCAACAAAAGUGAUUUUGUUAUGAUUUUGUUAAAAUGGGUCAAAAUCACUUCUCUUUACGCCAUUUGUCAAGAACGUGAUCAUGAGAUUUCUUGGUCAUGUUGGGAUGAUCAAACACGGUGAUUUGCUUGUUGGUCCAUUAAAAAGUAGUAUAACCGAUGGUUGGAACUAGGGUGGCCUAACUAGGUCGCUAAUGUGGAUAUUGCGGCCACCUCUCAAAUCUUCAAAAUCCAAUAUGAUUUUGGCUCGACAAAAUGUAUUGUCCAUAGGUGAUUGGUCGACCAAAAUUUCCUCCUUUUGUUGAUUUGAAGUCGGUUUCAUUAUUGUCCAGCUGCUGCUUCCCAAGGGUAUUCAUCAGCUGGCCGCCUGGAGUGAGAGAUGAGCCGGUUAGGAUCAUAUCAUCCUCCUUCUCCUAUAACAAGAUUUGUCUUCAAAUCUGACUCUCCUACAUCAAAAGGAAACAUGCAUUAGACACCAAAAAAGUGAUCAAGCAAAAAAGGCAUGAAUAUAUUAGCAAAGCAAAUUUUAAGAAUUUUUUUUUUUGGAUUAUUGAAGUCGUUUUACUUAAGUAAAAGGCUCUGAAGUCUAAACCAAUCAUGCUCAUUGUUUUGCGGAUAUUACUUGGUUUCUAUAAUCUUAUCGGUAGAGUCGAUAUGU